AUGAGAGAGCUUGUCAACAUUCCACUGGUACAUAUUCUUACUUUGGUUGCCUUCAGCGGGACUGAGAAACUUCCAAAAGCCCCUGUCAUCACCACGCCUCUUGAAACAGUGGAUGCCUUAGUUGAAGAAGUGGCUACUUUCAUGUGUGCAGUGGAAUCCUAUCCUCAGCCUGAAAUUUCCUGGACCAGAAAUAAAAUUCUCAUUAAACUCUUUGACACCCGGUACAGCAUCCGGGAAAACGGUCAGCUCUUCACCAUCCUGAGCGUGGAAGACAGCGAUGACGGCAUUUACUGCUGCAUCGCCAACAAUGGCGUGGGAGGAGCUGCCGAGAGCUGUGGAGCUCUGCAAGUGAAGAUGAAACCUAAAAUAACUCGUCCUCCCAUAAACAUAAAAAUAAUAGAAGGAUUAAAGGCAGUUCUACCAUGUACUACAAUGGGCAAUCCCAAACCAUCAGUGUCGUGGAUCAAGGGGGACAGUGCUCUCAGGGAAAACUCCCGCACUGCGGUUCUUGAAUCCGGGAGUUUAAGGAUUCAUAAUGUGCAAAAGGAAGAUGCAGGACAUUAUCGAUGUGUGGCAAAAAACAGCCUCGGGACGGCAUAUUCCAAGUUGGCGAAGCUGGAAGUUGAGGAAGAGAGUGAACCUGAGCAAGAUACUAAAGUUUUUGCCAGAAUCCUGCGGCCUCCUGAAUCCCACAAUGUCACCUUUGGCUCCUUUGUGACCCUGCGCUGUACAGCAACAGGCAUCCCUGUCCCCACCAUCACCUGGAUUGAAAAUGGAAACGCUGUUUCUUCUGGGUCCAUUCAAGAAAGUGUGAAAGACCGAGUAAUUGACUCAAGACUGCAGCUGUUUAUCACCAAGCCAGGACUCUACACAUGCAUAGCUACUAAUAAGCAUGGAGAGAAAUUCAGUACUGCAAAGGCUGCAGCCACCGUCAGUAUAGCAGAAUGGAGUAAACCACAGAAAGAUAACAAAGGCUACUGCGCCGAGUACAGAGGGGAGGUAUGUAAUGCUGUCCUGGCAAAAGAUGCUCUUGUUUUCUUCAACAACUCCUACAUAGACCCUGAGGAGGCCCAAGAACUACUGGUCCACACUGCCUGGAAUGAACUGAAAGCAGUGAGCCCAUUCUGCCGGCCGGCUGCUGAAGCUUUACUGUGUAACCACAUCUUCCAAGAAUGUAACCCUGGGGUGGCACCUACUCCUACACCCAUUUGCAGAGAAUACUGCCUGGCAGUAAAGGAGCUCUUCUGUGCAAAAGAAUGGCUAGCAGUGGAAGAAAAGACCCACAGCGGACUCUACAGAUCUGGGAUACAUCUGCUCUCCAUGCCGGACUGCAACAAACUCCCCAGCAUGCACUGGGACCCCAUGGCCUGUACCAGACUGCCAUAUUUAGCAUUCCCACCAAUGACGUCCUCAAAGCCGAGUGUGGACAUUCCAAACGUGCCUUCCUCUUCCCUGUCCUCCUUCUCUGUCUCACCUACACACUCCAUGACUGUAAUAAUCUCCAUCAUGUCCAGCUUUGCCAUAUUCGUGCUUCUUACCAUAACCACUCUUUAUUGCUGCCGAAGACGAAAACAAUGGAAAAAUAAGAAAAGAGAAUCAGCGGCUGUAACCCUCACUACUCUUCCUUCUGAGCUCUUGCUAGACAGACUUCAUCCCAACCCCAUGUACCAGAGGAUGCCACUUCUUUUGAAUCCCAAAUUGCUCAGCCUGGAGUAUCCCAGGAAUAACAUUGAAUAUGUGAGAGAUAUUGGAGAGGGAGCAUUUGGAAGGGUCUUUCAAGCAAGGGCUCCAGGCUUACUUCCCUAUGAACCUUUCACAAUGGUGGCAGUGAAGAUGCUCAAAGAAGAAGCCUCAGCAGAUAUGCAAGCAGACUUUCAGAGGGAGGCAGCCCUCAUGGCAGAAUUUGAUAAUCCUAACAUUGUGAAACUCUUAGGCGUGUGUGCAGUGGGGAAGCCGAUGUGCCUGCUCUUUGAAUACAUGGCCUACGGGGACCUCAAUGAGUUCCUCCGCAGCAUGUCCCCUCACCCCGGACGCAGCCUCAGUCCCAGCGACCUGCCCCGUGGGGCGCAGGCCUCCAGCCCCGGCCCGCCGCCCCUUUCCUGUGCCGAGCAGCUGUGCAUCGCCAGGCAGGUGGCCGCCGGCAUGGCCUACCUCUCCGAACGCAAGUUUGUCCACCGGGAUUUGGCCACCAGGAACUGCCUUGUGGGUGAGAACAUGGUGGUGAAAAUCGCCGACUUUGGCCUCUCUAGAAACAUCUACUCAGCUGACUACUACAAAGCCAACGAAAACGACGCUAUCCCCAUCCGCUGGAUGCCCCCGGAGUCCAUCUUCUAUAACCGCUAUACCACGGAGUCUGAUGUGUGGGCCUACGGGGUGCUCCUGUGGGAGAUCUUCUCCUACGGCCUGCAGCCCUACUACGGGAUGGCCCACGAGGAGGUCAUCUGCUACGUGCGGGACGGCAACAUCCUCUCCUGCCCAGAGAACUGCCCCCUGGAACUGUACAAUCUGAUGCGUCUCUGUUGGAGCGAGCUGCCAGCAGACAGGCCCAGUUUCACCAGCAUCCACCGAAUCCUGGAACGCAUGUGCGAGCGGGCAGAGGGGAGUGUGGGUGUCUGAGGUCGAAGAUGGGCAGGUAGAACUCUCCAGUCUCCUCUCGGACUCUAGGAGCCUGCGGAGUCCACCACCAGAGGCCCAAGGAGACCCAGAUAGGAAAUA